UUCGCAUUCUGAAAAUCCAAAAAGAAAAUAAAAUUUAAUAUUAUUUAAUUUUUAUUUAUUUUUUUAGUUUUGUUUUCGGAGCCCAAUGUUGCAGGAAUCGUUGUGACUUUUUCACUAGUUAAAACUACCUGUGCCAGAUUUCAAUGCUAGUCUUCAGCAAUGAUCGAGUGGAUCUUGUUUGGAUUAAAUGGAAGUGAGGAGAAAGUGGAGGAAAGUGAGGGAAAAUAAUGAAGUUCUACAUAUCAACAACAGGGAUAGGGAGGGUUACGAUAUCGAACUCGAGUGGAGGAGGUGGAGGAGGAGGAGGAGGGGGGAGCAAGGGAGCGACGGUGGCAAUAACGGGGGCUGCGGCGGCGCGUGGACGGCUAUCGAGCCGGACUCUGUUGCCGGUGGUGUUAGUUUUGGGGAUCGUUUUGCCUUUCCUUUUCGUUAGAAUUGCCUUCUUGGUUCUUGAAUCUGCUUCUUCGUCUUCUUGUUCUUCCCCUAUCGAUUGCAUAGGAUGGAGGCUUUUUAGUGGACGUGACACAUCUCAGAAACUCAAAGAAGAACUGACAAGGGCACUAAUGGAGGUGAAUGAUGGCAACAGUGUUGAAGGGGGAAUAAAGGGUUCCUUGGAGUCAUUCAAUGAGCUUGUGAAGGAGAUGACGUCAAAACAACGAGACAUCAAGGCCUUUGCUUUCAAGACAAAGGCUAUGCUAUUAGGUAUGGAGCAAAAGGUGCACUCAGCAAAGAAGCGUGAGUUAAUGUACUGGUAUUUAGCUUCACGGGGUGUCCCAAAGAGCCUACAUUGCCUAUGCCUGAAAUUGGCAGAAGAGUAUACUGUAAACGCAAUGGCCCGUUCUCAUUUACCUCCACCUGAACACGUUUCUCGUCUUGCUGACACAUCCUUUCACCAUGUUGUGCUUCUGACUGACAAUGUCCUGGCCGCCUCUGUUGUCAUAUCAUCUACAGUUGAAAAUGCAGCAAAUCCCGAAAAUAUGGUGUUUCACAUAGUAACAGACAAGAAAACUUACACCCCAAUGCAUGCAUGGUUUGCAAUAAAUUCUCUCAAAUCAGCAGCCGUGGAAGUUAAGGGAUUACAUCAAUAUGAUUGGUCUGAGGAGGUGAAUGUUGGAGUUAAGCAGAUGUUGGAAAUUCAUCGCUUGAUCUGGAGUCAUUCCUACAAUAAUCUGAAAGAAGAAGACUUUGACUAUGAAGGAGAGAAUAAAAAUUGUUUGGAGGCUUUGAGCCCUAGCUGCCUUUCCCUUAUGAAUCAUCUUCGCAUUUAUAUCCCUGAACUGUUUCCAGAUCUCGACAAGAUAGUAUUCUUGGACGAUGAUGUUGUAGUACAACAUGACAUAGCAUCAUUGUGGAAAUUGGAUCUCAAUGGGAAAGUUGUUGGUGCAGUUGUUGACUCAUGGUGUGGCGACAACUGUUGUCCAGGAAGGAAAUACGAGGACUACUUGAAUUUUUCACACCCAAUAAUUUCAUCCAACCUUGAUCAAGAUCAUUGUGCAUGGCUUUCUGGUAUGAAUGUCUUCGAUCUUGAGGCUUGGAGGAGGACCAACAUCACAACAUCUUAUCAUAAAUGGUUGAAACUUAAUCUCAAUUCUGGAUUGACGCUAUGGCAACCGGGAGUACUGCCACCAACCUUGCUUGCUUUUGAGGGUCAUGUGCAUCCUAUUGAUCCGUUAUGGCAUGUCGCUGGGUUAGGCUAUCGAUCCUCGUCUGCUCAUGGAGAGAUAUUGGAGGCUGCUGCUGUUUUGCAUUUCACUGGCCCUGCAAAGCCAUGGCUCGAGAUUGGGUCUCCAGAAGCACGAAGCCUGUGGAAUAGACAUGUAAAUUUCUCAAACAGCUUUAUUCGGAAAUGUAGAAUAUUGGGGGUAGGAGGAUGAAGUUCUCUCACAUUUACAUACUCAGUUUCGGAACCAAACCGGCAGUAACUGUAUGGAACCAGAGGGAAGAAGGUUUUGCCUUCAGUCUCUGCUUAUACUUUCAUAGCACGACAUUGGUAGCUUUUCAUGUCCAUAAUAGAAAAUAGAUGAAGGUACUUCCUGAUAUACAAUAGAGUAAGAAUCUUAAACCUUCAAGGGAUAAUAGUGAUUAUAUCGUUGUAGCUCUUCAACAAAAUUGUAAAUUACUUUAGUCAGCUUAUUGACAUUACUUUAUCUCAAUGGUGAAACUCAAUUUUAAUUUUUUUUUUAAAAUAUGUAUUUUUUCCAGUUCAGAGUCACACUUAACCCUCUUGCUUCAGAACUCUUAGUCGAAUGAAUCUUGACAAAAUAGGGGUUGAAUUAAUUUUUUACCAAAUUAAAUCGAUCAGGCGAUAAGGUGAGUUUUAAUUCAAAUGAGUAGGAAAAAGAGCGAAAGUAUGAUGAGUUUUGGGUGUUUCCUAUGGAGGCUCUUCCAACGGUUGCAUCCUCCAUUUUAGCAACUUAACUUAACUCUAAUUUUGGCUCAAAGCAGCGGCUGAAGAAAGUUAUUCCGCAAAAUCCAUUUCUGAUUCCUUGGCAGUUUAGCUGCUGCCAAUAUUUUUCUGACUAACCACUAUAUCCAUUUUACUACCACAUGGAGUUCUCUCAUUCGUCCAACUAAGCAUCAACUUGGCUGAUUUGGUUGCUGCGUGCCAUUGUCAUCUCACCAUUCUGUCAUCGAAAUUUUAGUGACUGGCAUGUCUUUAUCAUGCCACAUGUCAAAUAUUGAUUAAUU